AUGUCCAACCCAAUAAUCCAACUCGACCUCUCGAAGCAGAGACUGUUCAUCCAUCCAGAUGCUCCUUUACCCAGGUUCAACCCCAAACCGAAAGCCGUCAUGGUAACGCCUAUUUACGACUAUGACGGCCCCCUUCCUCCUCCCCCCCUGGGGACUUCAUCGAGAUCAGGAUCGCGAGACGCACGAGACGACGUGUAUACUUAUGCUUUUAACGCUGCGCAAGAUGCCUUAAAUCGUCGCACACACGGCAGAACCGGCAGGAGAUACUCGUCACAUUCUCCCGGUUCGUAUCGUCGGGACUCUGUCUCCCCCGUUUCGUACUCGGUACCCUACGGCAAAGAUGGGAGAUACAGCUACAGUGGUCCUAGCGGCUACGCCCCCUCCGGUCAAAGCGGUUACAGUCAAUCAUAUGCUGAGGACAGAGCACGCCCUCCAGACGAUCCAAUCGCCCAGAAUCCACCGGACUACCAAAUCCAAGCAACUCAAGGAUAUAGCCCCUCCCAAAGCCAUCAAUCCUACUCAGGAAGACCCUACUCAGAUGACAGGGCACGACCUUCUCACGAUCCUAUCGCCCAGAAUCCACCAGACUACCAAGUCCAAGCGACUCAAGGCCACGGAGGUUACUCCCCAUCCCAAGGGCGCCCAGCCUCUGGCCGUCCUGCGCCUCCGUCCACACCGGGGUCUCUCGCUUCUAUCCCUAUCGUCUCUUCUCCACCUGAAAAGUACCGCCCAAGCCGACAGUCAAAGUUCUUCGAAAAGUUAAUCCAAGAUUAUCUCAAGGUUAUCCCCCUCAAUCCAGAGUAUACGUCGUCAAGGUGUACUCGGAGGAAACGAGCCCUAUGCAUUGGAAUCAACUAUGUCGGCCAGAAAGAUGAACUACGUGGAUGUGCAAACGACGCUCGACAUAUGAGAGACUUCCUUAUCCAACAAUACAAUUUCCCACCCAGUGAGAUCCUAGUUAUGACGGACGAUGAUCCUCGCAAUCCACUCCCUACCCGGAAAGAAAUGUUCCAGGCUUUCAUGUGGUUAGUGAGAGACGCGGGACGAGAUGAUUCCCUGUUCUUCCACUACUCCGGUCACGGUGGACAAACCCCAGAUGCUAGUGGAAGAGAGGCUGAUGGAAUGGACGAAGUAAUAUACCCUGUGGACUACCAUGAAAUUCCAAGUGGGCACAUCAUCGACGAUGCAGUCUUCGAUGUGAGUUCAAAGUUGUCUUGCGAUCGAGCCCUCGUCGCUGAGCGCGAGCUAGUCAUGUCACUCCGGAACAGUCCUAGAGACGACGAAAAAGCCGCUGAUACCUUCCGAGGCACUAAUAAAAAGCUUGGAAAACAACACUAA